AUGUAGUAGACUUUAGCCGCACCCCCAAUGGUUCUUUAGGAAGAAAGACAUACCAAAGAGGCCAUAUCUUAUAAAGUUAAGUUACCACCCACUAACAUCUCACCUACUUAAAAGGAACUCGAGGUCAAGAAAAGACUCGAGCUUAGUGCUAAAAAAGCUGCACAAGGACCAAUGAUUACAAUUGAGGAAAUAUCGAUGAAGCUGAAGAGAGCAGAGGAAAAGAGAAAAAUCUCACUUACAAACCAAAUCUCGCCUAAGACUGAGGAAAGGAGACUCAGUGCUUGGGAAAACAAGAAAUACUACGAGAAGUAGUAACUUGAACACUUUAAAGACAAAUUUGAAAAAGUAUUACCAUCAGCAGAAGAAAAGAGAAGAGCAACUAGGGAGAGUAAACGCCAAAAACUUAGACAACACAUUAAGAAAGUUGAAGAGAUCAGAAGAGAGUAAGCUAGUAAGAGACAAGAGACUAGCGAGCUUAUGAAGACUGAAUUGGACCAUAAAUUGCAACAUGCUGAUCAAAUUCAUCAGUAGACCCUAGAGAAUAAAAUCAACAAGGCCUAGUACUCAGCAGAGAAAAAGAAGAAAUCCGGUGGAAUGUUCACUCAAGAAGGUGGAUAAUCUUAAGUUUCUCAUGAUGAUAUUCCACUUCCUCACAGACAUGAAGAUCUUAACCAAAAGCUCUAGCAAUACAAAUGA